UAAGGGAGGCUGUAUUCAUGAUAAAGAGGCACUGGUCAGACGAAGAUGGCGCUGUAUCGGCUCUCGAAGUUCAGAAAGAUUUUGCCUGUGACCAAAGAUGGAACUUUUCAACAGUUGAAAUUAUUCAGUGUUACAGCUCAACAAAGUGCUUACAAGUAUGUUACUGAUGAAGACUGGGAGAGACCAACAGAUUUGAAGACAAUUACAGAUAAGAAUGCCACUACAAUGUUUCUGUCUGAAAUGAUUAGAGGUCUUUCAAUGACACUGAGUCAAAUGUUUAGAGAGCCUGCGACAAUUAACUACCCUUUUGAGAAGGGUCCACUGAGUCCUAGAUUUAGAGGAGAGCAUGCUUUGCGAAGGUAUCCAUCUGGAGAAGAGAGAUGCAUUGCUUGCAAAUUGUGUGAAGCCAUUUGUCCUGCCCAGGCUAUCACAAUAGAGGCUGAGCCACGCCCUGAUGGAAGCCGACGCACAACCAGAUAUGAUAUUGACAUGACCAAGUGUAUCUACUGUGGAUUUUGUCAGGAAGCUUGUCCAGUUGAUGCCAUUGUAGAGGGCCCAAACUUUGAAUUUUCAACUGAAACUCAUCAAGAAUUAAUGUACAACAAAGAGAAACUACUAAACAAUGGUGAUCGUUGGGAAAGAGAAAUUGCAGCGAAUAUCCAAGCGGAUUACUUGUAUCGAUAAAUAGACUAUGAAAUUUACGUUAGUUUUUCCAAAAUAUUUGUUCACUGAUCAGAAAUUGAAAUGUACGUGCCAUAGACUGACCAAUGUGAAGUUUGUUUUCCCCAAGUGUGUCAGGCUCAUUUUAAUUAUGAGUUUGCUUUUAUUCAAUAAAGUGUUUCCUUACAAA